AUGGGGUCCUUCGCAGGUUUUGCAAAGACUAUUUUGAUUCCGGCAUCUAUUGCACUAACGGUAUAUGUUCUCUUCUCGUUCCUCAUCAUCCCGUUCUUCCGACGCUACCAACAACGCUACUCCCAAUACCUCCCUUUGCAUACCAUCUCAGCGCAUACCCUUUCGCUCCGUGAUCGCAUGGCCGAUGUAGUCAUGCGCUUAUUUCUACCUUCGUCAUGGCGACGGGGCGCAAACAUUGAAGAUCACGAUAACAUCAGUAUCGAUGACGAGGAAGGAGAACUCAUGACUGGGAUGAACAUGGAUGCUGCGCGGCGGGAGGCUCUGGAGCAGCGGCGCAGUACGGCCGAGUCCCAAAGUCGCCUUAGUCGAGAAUUAGAGGAAGGUUUUAUGGACGACAGUGACGACGAAGACAAUGACGGGAGAGGGCACACUGGUGGUAGACGUUGA